AAGGAGAAGUUGCAGAUUAUCUCUCGAACUUGGAUCCAUCUAAAGCUCCUGGUCCCGACAAGAUUCCUGGCCAGUUCUUAAAGCAAUGUAGUUCUGUCAUGGGUCCGAGCCUUUGUUCACUGUUUAGUCACUCUCUGCAAUCUGGAAUUCUACCUUCUGAAUGGAAAUCUGCCAAUGUUGCAUCUGUUCAUAAGAAAAUAAGAAGGAACCUGCUACCAACUACCGACCUAUAUCCCUGCUUUCCAUCAUCAGCAAAGUCUUGGAGCGAUGCGUUUGUCAUCGAUCAUUUCUUUGAACAUGUUCAGGAUAUGAUUAAUAAAUCGCAACACGGAUUCCUUCAUGGUCGCUCAUGUGUCACAUAA